GAUGAAGAAUUAGUAAAAAAAUUAAAAAAUAAUUAUAAAUCUAUUAUAGAUAAUCUUACAUUUGAUAAUGAUAAAAAAAUACUAAAUAAAUUAAUAGAUGAUAAAUUAAAAAAAACUUUACUAUUUUUAGAAUAUAAAAAAACUAUCAAUAAUGAAAACAAAAUUGAAAAUUUAGUAAAAGAUAACAAAAAUACACUUAUCUAUAAUAUUAGAAAUGAUAUAAAUAUUAAUCAAUUACAAAAAAAUAUAUUGAUUAAUAAUAUUAUUCAAGAAAAAAUAAAUAAUUCUAUGAAUGAAUUAUAUAAUGAAUUAUUAAUACUUAUAAACAAAAAAACAUUUUUCUCUAUACAAAAAACAAACAUAGUACAUUUAAUGCUUUAUAAAUUAGAUCAAAAAUAUUUAUUGAAUCGUGAUGUAAAUACAAUCUUUAAAAAAUUUCUACCUGAAGAAUUAGAAGAUGCAAUUAUUGAUUAUGAUUACAAAAUUAAAAACCUUGAUUCUAGAACUUCUAAAGAUUUAGAAACCCAAAAAAAAUUAGAAAAAAUUAAUUUUAGACAAUCAAAACAUGAUUUUAUAUUACGAUAA